GAGCCCCGGGACAUCCCGGUGCGGGCUGGCACAGGGGCUCCCGGGGGAGUACGGGCGGUCCCAGAACCGCGGGGGCUCCCGGUGCGGGCGUACGGGAAGGACCGCGGGGGGAUCUCGGAGCUCCUGCGGGUCGCGGUGCCCUGGGGGAAUGGGCCGGUGUGGGGGAUGCCGGUGUGAGGAGUGCGGGCUGUGCGGGGGUGUCUCGGAGCCCCGGGGAUUCCCGGUGCGGAAGGUCCCGGGCCGUCCCAGCGCGGAGGUGGAGGGGGGAAGGUUGCUCUGGUCGCUCCCGGUGCGGGGUUAUCCCAGGCGCUUCCGAUGGGACUUUACUGGGAGUUUACUGGGAGCCGAGUUGCCCUCAGCACGUGUUGGAGUUUCCUGUGCUCCCCGCUGAGGUUUUCCCGAAGUUAAGGGAGGAAUAUGGGGGUGUGAAGGGGGGAGGGCGGUUGUCCCAAGUUGCUCCCACUUUCCCCAGCGCUCCCGGUCCCUUAGCUGUCCCAGUGCCCCCCAGUGCCCCCCAGUGCCCCCUUCCCCUCUUCCUCCAGUAACCACUGGGCCUUUUCUGGGUGCUCAGGCCCCCCCUUCCAGCACUUCCACCCAGCCAAGGGUGGGGGGCACAGGGGCAGGACCCCCCCUGCCAUCCCAAGGGGGGUGCCCAAGGAUCCAUCUCCACAGCGGGACCCCCAAAGGGCCCCCAUGCCCCACCGUGGGGCCCACACUCUUUGAAGGGGGUGGGUGUUGUUAUGGGAUCACCAGACUGUGGUGUCUGUGCUGAGGGGAGCUUGUGGGGUCUGGUCCAUGCCCUGGGGUCACAUUUCCCCCAGGAAUCGCCUCCCAAUUUGCAGGAGGAAGAUGCUCCCAGACGUGGCCAACUGCAGCGACGGCAGAGCUUCGUCGUGGUCAAGGGGGCUGCGGUGCUGCUGCCUGCGGAGGAGCCCCCCCCGGCCGAGCCCCCCCCGACUGAGCCCCCCAGCCAGGCCCCAGGACAGCAGGAGCAGCACCUGCACCUCAUGAUGCAGCUGCUGCGCCCCCAGGAUGCCAUCCGGCUGGCGGUGCGGCUGGAGUCGGCGCGGCCACGGCGGGUGCGGUACCUGCUGGUUGUGCGCCCGGAGGAGGAGGGAGCCGAGGCGGAGACGGCGCUGCUGGGAGUGGAUUUCGCCCACGAGGGGGCCGCCCACUGCACCCUGGGCAUGGUGCUGCCCCUCUGGAGCGACACCCAGGUGUUCCUCGACGGCGACGGGGGGUUCAGCGUGACAUCGGGGGGACAGACCCGCAUCUUCAAGCCCAUCUCUGUGCAGACCAUGUGGGCCGUGCUGCAGGAGCUGCACCGCGCCUGUGAGGACGCUGCCCGCGGCGGGCACAUCCCCGGCGGCCCCGCGCUGGCCUGGGCCCGCAGCUACGCGGCGGAGCUGGGCUCGGAGCAGAGCUGCCUCAACGAGUGGCUGGCCAUGGCCGACCUCGAGUCCGUGCGCCCGGCCUCGCCCACGCCCCUCCGGCCGGCGAUGCCAGAGCUGUCGGAGCAGGCGGUGCGGGUGCUGCUGCGGGACGUGAUGGCCAGCGCCGACCUGGAGAACGUCACCUCCAAGGAGGUGCGGGAGGAGUUGGAGCGGCGCACGGGGCACAGCCUGGCCGAGCACAAGGAUUUCAUCGACAACGAGAUGCUGCUGGUGCUGGCGCAGAUGGAUCGGCCUUCCCGCAUCUUCCCGCACCUCUUCCUGGGCUCCGAGUGGAACGCGGCCAACCUGGAGGAGCUGCAGCAGAAUAGGGUCACCCACAUCCUGAACGUGGCGCGGGAGAUCGACAACUUCUUCCCGGCACUGUUCACGUACAUGAAUGUGCGGGUGUACGACGAGGAGGCAGCCGAGCUCCUGCCCCACUGGAACGACACCUUCCUCUUCCUCUCCCGCGUCCGGGCGGCGGGAGGCCGGGCACUGGUGCACUGCCGGAUGGGGCUGAGCCGCUCGGCCGCCACGGUGCUGGCCUACGCCAUGAAGGAAUUCGGGUGGUCCCUGGAGCGGGCGCUGCGGCAUGUCCGGCACCGCCGGCCCGGCGUCCUGCCCAACCCCGGCUUCAUGCGCCAGCUCGACUUCUACCAGGGCAUCCUGAGCGCCAGCCGGCACAGCAGCCUGUGGGAGCCCCGGGCGGCCGAGAGGACGCCGCACCCCGAGGAGGACACCGCGAGGGACACGAGCAUCCUGUCCCCGCUGUCCUCCCCGCUGGCGUCCCCGCAGCCCUCUGAGGAGGAGGCAGCCGGCGGGGGGCUGCUGGGGGCCUCUCGGCGGCCCCGCAUCUCCCUGUGCGCCGUCAUGCGGACCAUCAGCCUGCUGGAGACCCCCGAGCCCCCCGAGCUGCUCGGGGAGCCCCUGGCCGGGGAGGUGUUCAAGGCCGCGGAGGAAGUGGGGGAUCCCUCGCCGAGGCCACGACCCUCAUCCCGCCCGCGCGGGGUGGUGCGCCAGGCCAGCCUGGAUGGCGGCCCCGCCCCCUUCGGUGACCACACCCACAGUGACGACCACGCCCAGUGCCACACCCAUGCGCCUGACAACGCCCACACUGAUGAACCCACUCCUUGAUUUGGGGGAGGUGGGACAGGGCCCCCCCGCUGCCACGGCAACGAGGGGGUGAGGCCUGUCCCGGGGCCGGGGUCAUCGAGCCGGAGCGCCCCGCCCACGCCACGCCCGCGCUCUGGGGGUGGGAGGUGCCUCUGCCUCAGCCCCGCACGCACAGAACACCGACACCGCUCCUGCACCGGCAAUAAAGUGUGGAAAUGGCA